UUUUUAUAUAUAAAUAAGUGCUGAAGCACAGUUGGGUGGUUUCAACAGGCAGUUUUUAGAUUCUUUCAAUUUGUACAGAUGAUUAUAUAUAUAUAAUAAUAAUUUUAAUUUUAAUUUCAUAAGAAUCAACUGUCAACCAACCGAGAAAUGACUCCAUGCCAGUCUUCAACGAUGUUCACUCACAGAAGCACUUCGAUUCUCCGUAAAAAUUCCCUUUUCAUUUACUUUUCCAUCCGAAAUUCCGCGAAAUUCCGAUGUAUUCUCGAUCAGGUAGUGCCAAAUUUUACGGUUUCGUCGUCGCUCAGCUCGGUGUUGACCUCCGGCAACGCGAUUGCAGCUGCGGCCGCGGUCGGUUCUGGCACUGUUCAUGGAGCGGUGACGUCAGCCAUAACGCAGGUGGCCGUUACGGCGGUGGCGAUUGCCUCCGGAGCUUGCCUUUCCACUAAGGUCGAUUGUUUAUGGCCUAAAGUGGAUGAGCAGCCUGGAUCACUAGUAUUGGAUGGAGUAGAUGUUACUGGGUGCCCAAUAUUUAAUGAUCCAAAGGUGCUUAAGGCAAUUGAGUUUGCAAGGAAGGCUCACCAUGGCCAAGUACGGAGGACUGGCGACCCUUAUUUGACACACUGUCUUCACACUGGAAAAAUUUUAGCAUUAUUGGUUCCAUCCUCUGGGAAAAGAGCUGUUGAUACUGUUGUUGCUGGAAUUCUCCAUGAUGUCAUUGAUGAUACACGAGAAAGUUUGGUCAAUAUAGAGAGAGAGUUCGAUGUUGAUGUUGCCAAGUUGGUUGCCAGUGUGUCUAGACUGAGUUACAUCAAUCAGUUAUUGAGGCGGCAUCGCAGGUUAAACACGAAUGAAGCUACCCUCAGUGAUGAAGAGGCAAAUAAAGUACGGGUGAUGCUGUUGGGAAUGGUUGAUGAUCCACGUGUGGUGCUUAUCAAGCUUGCAGAUCGUCUUCAUAACAUGAGAACCAUAUAUGCACUACCUCCAGCUAAAGCUCAAUCAGUUGCACAGGAGACACUAGCUAUUUGGUGUUCACUUGCUUCCAGACUAGGCCUUUGGGCACUAAAAGCGGAACUUGAAGAUCUAUGUUUUGCUGUGCUUCAGCCUCAAGUAUUUCGUUGCAUGCGAGCUGACCUGGCUUCCAUGUGGAGUCAUUCCAAGUUAAGCAAUCUGAGAAAAUUAUCUGCAAGAUCCAGUUCUCUGGCACUGAAAAAUAGGAAAAAUCUAGCCCCUCUGCAAGAAUCUGUAGAGAGUGACAAGGAAAAUAUAAGCAUGAAGGAUACUUUACAAGCUGUACUUCCUUUUGAUAUCUUACUAGACAAAAAGAAGCGCAUUGACUUUCUUAACAGACUUGGCACAAGUUCAGAAAUGGAAACAAAGCCAAAGAUUGUGAGGGAUGCUGGCAUUGCUUUAACAUCUCUAGUAGUUUGUGAAGAAGCAUUGGAGCGAGAAUUAUUUAUAUCUACCUCCUAUGUUCCAGGAAUGGAAGUGACUGUGUCCAGCCGCCUGAAAAGCUUAUAUAGUAUAUACUGUAAGAUGAAAAGAAAAGAUGUUGCUAUAGAUAAAGUGUAUGAUGCACGUGCUUUGAGGGUUAUUGUUGGAGAUAAAGAUGGAAAGUUACAUGGCCAAGCAGUUCAGUGCUGCUAUAAUCUUCUCAACAUUUUACACAGGCUAUGGUCCCCUAUAGAUGGUGAGUUUGAUGACUACAUUGUUAAUCCUAAACCAAGUGGCUACCAGUCCCUGCACACUGCAGUACAAGGUCCUGACAACUCUCCUUUGGAAGUUCAAAUAAGAACACAGAGGAUGCAUGAGUGUGCUGAACAUGGACUUGCUGCACAUUGGCUUUACAAAGAAGCUGAAAACAAGAUGCCUGUGAAGGAAAGCAUCAGUGAUUCUGAGACAACUACAUCCUCGUACUUGUCAACAGAAAUACAAGAUCAAGGUUCAGUUGAAGAUGAAGUGUUUCAUAAGUAUAGUUCUUUAAAAGCAGGGCAUCCUGUCCUUAGAGUAGAAUCGGAUAAUUUGUUUGCUGCAGUAAUUGUAAGUGUAGAUAAAGAUGGAAAAGAAUUGCUUGUUGCUGUAAACGUUGGACUUGCAGCUUCUGAAGCAGUAGCUGAUAGAAGAUCUUCUAAUCAAAUAAAAAGAUGGGAAGCUUAUGCAAGACUGUAUAAAAAGGUGUCUGAUGAAUGGUGGUGCCAACCAGGACAUGGAGAUUGGUGGACUUGCCUGGAAAGGUAUACACUUUGUCGAGAUGGCAUGUACCACAAGCAAGACCAAUUUCAGCGACUACUUCCGACUUUCAUCCAAGUCAUUGAAUUGACGGAAGAAGAGGAGAAUCUCUACUGGAAUAUCAUGUCUGCUGUAUUUGAAGGCAAACCUGUCACUGUUGCUGUAUCUAACUCAAGUUUCAAAGAGAAAGUAAGCCCUAUAGCUGCUGCAAAUUCAACUCUAACAAAUACUGGGAUCAAUAACAAGGUACAUUUGCUGAGGACAAUGCUUCAGUGGGAGAAGCAGCUACGCUCUGAAGCGGGUAUUCCCUACAAAAGCACCAGUUCUGUUCUUCUUGGUGAAGUCGUCGUUGUUUGUUGGCCUCAUGGCGAGAUAAUGCGGCUAAGGACCGGUAGCACAGCUGCUGAUGCUGCUAGAAGAGCAGGACAUGAAGGAAUAUCAGUCUCGGUAAAUGGUCAAGUCGUGCUGCCCGGUACCGAGCUAAAAGAUGGUGAUGUUGUUGAAAUUAGGUCUUAGAUCUUAGAAGCAUUUUCACGACAUUCAGUUAGUACAUGUAUAUUUUUGUGAAAAAAAAAAUGUAGAUGUGUGGAAGUGAGCUGUUGAUUCAUAAUGUCAUUGUUGUUGGCUGGUUGGUGCUGUAAAGCUUUAGGGAUGCCCAAUUGUACAGAGAUGCAUAAUAAUACAUGUUUCGAUUAACCUUCUAAGCU